AUGCUUCUAAAUUCAGCGUGGGCCAUCUUUCCCGCCCCUGCAAUUUAUACCGUCGUGCUUUAUCAUAGCACUGGAGCAAUGGCUCUGGAUGCAUCGGAGAAAAUCCUUGGAUGUAUGCGAUUAUCAGUGGUGAUGUUCUUGUGUGUAUUGAGUUACCGCGCUGCAGGACUUGCAUGGGACGACCUUAUUGAUCGAGAUUUUGAUGCUCAAGUUACACGAUCUAUGACUCGACCUCUUCCGGCGGGUGACAUAUCUGCUCGUCAAUCAAGAAGGCCAUUCAAAGAUUCAUACGCAGAAGCAGCUAAAUCGAAAUGUCUUGUUGUCUUAGUCGAUGGCGCUCUGCUCUACAUUAUCUUUCAAAUAGGCUGUACCAUCAUCUUGCUACAAGCUCUCACAGGCCCCGAGGUGUAA